UGGCGUUUAAGACGGCUUGCGUUUAAGACGGCUUGCGUGAAUGUACCGUUUGGUGGUUCCAAGGGUGGCAUACGUAUCGACCCGAAGAAGUAUUCUGCACAAGAAUUACAAACAAUUACGCGUCGCUAUACAAUGGAGCUAUUAUGUCGCAAUAUGAUAGGUCCGGGUAUAGAUGUACCGGCACCAGAUGUGAAUACUAGCCAACGCGAGAUGAGUUGGUUGGUGGAUCAAUAUAUUAAAACUUUUGGCUAUAACGAUGUAAAUGCUUUGGCUAUCACGACUGGUAAGCCAGUAGAUUUAGGCGGUAUUAAUGGUCGUACCGCCGCCACGGGGCGUGGUCUAUUUAAGGCGGCUGAAUGUUUUAUUAUGGAUAAAGAUUGGAUGGAUUUAUUAGGCUGGAAGACUGGUUGGAAAGAUAAAACCGUGAUCGUACAAGGGUUUGGCAAUGUCGGUUCCUAUGCAUCCGUUUUUGUAGUAGAAGCCGGUGCCAAACUGAUCGGUGUUCAAGAACUUGACGUGUCUCUUGUAAAUAAGAAUGGCAUUGAUCCAAAGGACUUAAUGGAGUAUUAUGCAAAACAUAAGAAAUCAAUUAAGGGUUAUACCAAAGCCACUGAAAAACAGGGUAGUUUGUUGGGAGAAAAAUGCGAUAUACUAAUGCCUUGCGCUACACAAAAGGUUCUCACCGCCGAAAAUGCCAAUAGUGUACAAGCAAAGAUGAUUUUAGAAGGCGCUAAUGGUCCUUCGACACCAGCUGCUGAUGAAAUAUUACGUAAGAAGAAUGUACUCAUUAUACCGGAUAUGUAUUGCAAUGCUGGCGGUGUAACGGUAUCUUACUUUGAGUACUUAAAGAAUAUCAAUCAUGUAUCUUAUGGCAAAAUGAAUGUUAAGCGCGAGAAGGCCAUAAUCAACGAGAUCUUUAAUUCCAUUAAUGAGUGCGAAGAUAAAUUUAAGCCAAAUAAAAAGUUACAGCUCAUAAGAGACUGUACCAAGGAGGCGGAUAUUGUAGACGCAGGGCUUCAAACAGUUAUGGAAACUACUGCAGAAGGCAUCAAGACCGUGGCCAAUGAAUUCGCCCUUUGCAAUGAUUUACGUACGGCCGCUUUCAUUUAUUCAAUUUCGAAGAUUUUCCGCGCCUUAGAAGUGGCUGGUAUUUCUCAACAAUAAUUACAGAAUGCGUCU